AAAUUUGCAGUAAAAUUGAAUUAGAUAUAAAUGGAAAGUUUUAUAUAGCUAGAAUCCAAAACAUCUUUAUACUUAGUUGCUUCCUCUAUUUCCCCAUCUUUCUAUUAAUUCUGUCCUCUCAAUCUCUUGUUGCUGUCAAAAAAAAGUUCUACUGAUAUUUAUUCUACAAGUUCAUUUUUUUUAAUAUAUAAACAGGGGAGAGGAGCGUUUGUGGGAGGAACAGAACCCACGACCUGCCAGAAUUGCUGCCUAGCAUUUAUAUUUGAGUAUAGCUCAUUGGCUAUUUGUUGUACAAGUUAAUAGCCAUUCCAUUUAGCUUUCUGGGUUUGCUUCAAAAUUUGUUCUUUUUUAAUAAUUAUUGUUGUUUGUGUAUAUUAGUAAGAAAGCAUAAAGAGUGUGAGUGUUUCAGUUAGAGUUGUUUAGGGCGUUUUCUAGGCCUGUUAAUUUGCUGUUUUUUCAACUUUUUUUUCAAUUUAUUCUCUGCUUGGUUCUUGAAAGGGUAGAAAAAAAGGAGAUGAAUUUGUAAUGAUUCUCUAGAAAUCCUAAGAUUUUGUGAGUUUGAAGUGUUUGAAAGUUGUUGUUUUAGGAAGUAAUUAAGCUGUCUGCCAUUGCUUGUACAAGGAAUGGCAUCAGCUGUAUCUUUUCGGGUUUCGCCUUAUUUCGUGGCGAAUUCGGAGGUGGUUAAGUCUCGGUUUCGGGUGAGAGUUCAGGGUUUAGGUGGUAGUGAUUCAAGUCUACUGUCAUCUGAUUCAGUGGGAGUCAAUGGAGCUUCUUUAAUUGAGAAGAAUGGAGCUCUUAUUAAUGGUGGAAGUAUAGAUAAAGAGGAGAUUAGGGUUUUAAAUGAUGGAGGAAAUGGCAGAUUAAAACCUGGGAUUGGUAAAAAGUUGGUGAAAAAAGUUACUAAAGAUUUGGAAGUUUUGUGGGAUGAUGGAUAUGGAACCAAGACAGUGAAGGAUUAUCUUCAAGGAGCCAAGGAGAUGUGUCGUAAGCCCGAUGGCGGACCGCCGAGGUGGUUUAGCGCCGUCGAGUGUGGCCAACCGUUGAAAAAUUCUCCGACUCUUCUGUUUUUGCCCGGGCUUGAUGGUGUUGGCUUGGGACUUACUUUGCACCAUAAAGCUCUGGGGAAGGCGUUUGAAGUUUGGUGCCUUCAUAUUCCAGUUUACGACAGAACACCAUUUGAAGGACUUGUGAGUUUUGUCGAGGAAACUGUAAGGGCUCAGCAUGCCUUAUCCCCUACUAGGCCUGUUUAUUUAGUAGGAGAUUCCUUUGGAGGAUGUCUGGCACUUGCUGUUGCUGCUCGUAAUCCUAAAAUCGACCUUGUAUUGAUACUAGUUAAUCCAGCUACAUCAUUUGGCAGGUCACAGUUGCAACCGUUUCUUCCUGUCUUAGAAGCUGUCCCUGAAGGAUUACAUAAUGCAGUUCCUUAUCUGCUUAGCUUUGUGAUGGGUAAUCCAUUGAAGAUGGCAAUGGCAGAUAUCGAAUAUAGGCUUUCUCCUAGAUUAAAAAUUGAACAACUGUCUGGAAAUCUCACUGCUUUGCUGCCAUAUCUUUCUGAUUUGGCUGAUAUUAUUCCUAAGGAAACUCUUCUUUGGAAGUUGAAACUGCUAAAAACUGCUGCAGCUUAUGCCAAUUCCCGUCUUUAUGCUGUAAAAGCCGAAGUGCUAGUGCUUGCAAGUGGUGCCGAUAAUUUGCUUCCUAGUGCUGAUGAAGCGAAACGGCUGAAAAGUUCAUUGCAGAAUUGUAUAGUGCGCCACUUCAAAGACAAUGGACAUACACUUUUAUUGGAAGAAGGCAUUAGUUUGCUCACUAUUAUUAAAGGUACCGGCAAAUACCGCUGUUCAAGGAAGCUCGAUCAUGUCUCAGACUACUUGCCGCCUAGCAUGUCAGAAUUCAAACAUGGCUUUGACCGAGUAUCUGGGUUAUUACGUUUUUCUACCGGUACUGCUAUGUUCUCAACUCUGGAUGAUGGAAAGAUAGUCCGAGGUCUUUCUGGAGUUCCAAAUAAAGGUCCUGUCAUAUUCGUUGGUUACCACAUGUUGAUGGGACUUGAACUUUCUUCCUUUUAUGAAGAAUUUCUAAGAGAGAAAAGAACUCCACUCCGUGGUUUAGCGCAUCCAGUGAUAUUUGAUGGUACUCUAGAGCAACCGUCUACUGACUUUUCUUCUAUGGAUUGGAUGAAAGUAAUGGGUGCUGCACCCGUUACGCCAAACAAUCUUUUUAAAUUGCUUUCAGCAAAGUCACAUGUUCUUCUUUAUCCUGGAGGUGCACGUGAGGCUCUGCAUUACAAGGGUGAAGCAUAUAAGUUAUUUUGGCCUGAUCAACCCGAGUUUGUAAGAAUGGCUGCAAAGUACGGAGCCACAAUUGUACCAUUUGGAUCUGUAGGAGAAGAUGAUAUAGCAGAAUUAGUUCUUGACUACAACGAUCUAAUGAAAAUCCCGGUGCUUAAUAACUUCAUACGAGAGGCUAGUCGCACAGGCCCAAGAAUCAGGGAUGAGAGUCAAGGAGAGGUAGGCAAUCAAGAACUGUUUAUUCCGGGGCUGUUGCCGAAGAUACCAGGCCGUUUCUACUUUCUAUUCGGAAAACCGAUAGAGUUGAAGGGAAAGGAAGAGCUGGUGAAAGACAGAGGUUAUGCAAAUGAAUUAUACUUGCAGGUAAAAUCUGAAGUUAAACGUAAUAUGGAUUACUUGGUAAAGAAGAGAGAGGAGGAUCCUCUUAGGAGUAUAUUUGAUAGAACACUAUACCGGGCCUUUUAUUCUCCUUUAAAUGAAGUUCCUGCAUUUGAUCCUUGAUUUUUUUUGUUAUACAUAAUCAUACCUAGUGAUCUUAAAACUUCUGUAAUUUUGCAAUUAUACAAAAGUCAAGUCUGUACAAUGUAAAUAUCAUUGAAGUUAUGAAAUUGUUGCUUUCUGUA